AAGGGAAGGAAGUAAGGGCAAGCCCGUCGGACUACGAAACGGGACGGAAACUACAAUUCCCAGCAGGCCGUGGGGCCUCAGAGUGCGGCCGCGAAGCAAAGCGGGCUGUAGAGUCUUGCGCGCGCGGUGGGGAUGGAACGUUGCUAGACUUAGCGGGUCUGGCUUCUGGGGGUCCGAGCGGCACCCUCGGAGGCGCCGCGCGCCAAAUCGGGAAUCCGGGAGGCGAGCAGCUCUGCAAUUAAUGCACGUAUUUUAAACUCCCGAUCCUGCGGACGCUAUGCACAGGAAGCACCUCCAGGAGAUUCCAGACCUGAGUAGCAACGUUGCCACCAGCUUCACGUGGGGAUGGGAUUCCAGCAAAACUUCUGAACUGCUGUCAGGCAUGGGGGUCUCCGCCCUGGAGAAAGAGGAGCCCGACAGUGAGAACAUCCCCCAGGAACUGUUCUCAAACCUGGGCCACCCGGAGAGCCCCCCACGGAAACGGCUGAAGAGCAAAGGGAGUGAAAAAGACUUUGUGAUUGUCCGCAGACCUAAGCUAAAUCGAGAGAACUUUCCAGGUGUUUCAUGGGACUCCCUUCCGGAUGAGCUGCUCUUGGGGAUCUUUUCCUGUCUGUGCCUCCCUGAGCUGCUAAAGGUCUCUGGUGUUUGUAAGAGGUGGUAUCGCCUAGCGUCUGAUGAGUCUCUGUGGCAGACCUUAGACCUCACAGGUAAAAAUCUGCACCCGGAUGUGACUGGUCGGUUGCUGUCUCAAGGGGUGAUUGCCUUCCGCUGCCCACGAUCAUUUAUGGACCAACCAUUGGCUGAACAUUUCAGCCCUUUUCGUGUGCAGCACAUGGACCUGUCGAACUCGGUUAUAGAAGUGUCCACCCUCCAAGGCAUACUGUCUCAGUGUUCCAAGUUGCAGAAUCUAAGCCUGGAAGGCCUGCGGCUUUCGGAUCCCAUUGUCAAUAAUCUCGCACAAAACUCAAAUUUAGUGCGGCUUAACCUUUCUGGGUGUUCUGGAUUCUCUGAAUUUGCCCUGAAGACUUUGCUAAGCAGCUGUUCCAGACUGGAUGAGCUGAACCUCUCCUGGUGUUUUGAUUUCACUGAAAAGCAUGUACAGGUGGCAGUUGCGCAUGUGUCAGAGACCAUCACCCAGCUGAAUCUUAGCGGCUACAGAAAGAACCUCCAGAAAUCAGAUCUCUGUACUUUAGUUAGAAGAUGCCCCAAUCUUGUCCAUCUAGACUUAAGUGAUAGUGUCAUGCUAAAGAAUGACUGCUUUCAGGAAUUUUUCCAGCUCAACUACCUCCAACACCUAUCACUCAGUCGGUGCUAUGAUAUAAUACCUGAAACUUUACUUGAACUUGGAGAAAUUCCCACACUGAAAACACUACAAGUUUUUGGAAUCGUGCCAGACGGUACCCUUCAACUGUUAAAAGAAGCUCUUCCUCACCUACAAAUUAAUUGCUCCCAUUUCACCACCAUUGCCAGGCCAACUAUUGGCAACAAAAAGAACCAGGAGAUAUGGGGCAUCAAGUGCCGACUGACACUGCAAAAGCCCAGUUGUCUAUGAAGUAUUUAUUGCAGGAUGGUGUCUCUUCUUUAGAACAGGGAAAAUAAGCAGGAAGCCCAGUUGCUGGAGUACUUAGCUAGUUUUAUUCUUGGUUUUCCCUUUGCCUUCAUUCUGCAAGUAUACUAGUGAACCAUUUGAGGGGGAAAACUAUGAAAUCUUGCUUUUUGAAAUGAUUCUAAAAGCUUCUAUCACUGCUUUGCUCUUAAGAGCCAAAGUUGUAGGCCUUUUGAAAUUUUGGGAGAGUGAGCCUAUAAUUUCAAGACACCUUAAAGAGCAAAAUUUGAGCCACCUCUUCCAAGUUUCCUUCUUAUUAAGUCUAUUCAGAAUCAAGCUUAAAAAUUACCACCAGUAAACAAUCUUCAUAGCCCAUAUAACUUUUAUCUAUUUAAUUUUAUAGUAUUGCUUUAUAAGACAGCUUAGAAGAACAAUAAGCUAUUUGUAUUAUGAGCUGAACAAAAAGAGAAUCAUAGGAUAGUAGCGUCUGAGGCCAUCUUUUCUGGGAAUAGGAAAGAGAAAAAUGCAUUUUAAUUUUGCCUUUAGAUUUGAAAUUAGGUUAAUAGAAAUAAGUAACCCCAUGUAAUUCACCUUAAAACUUACAGAAGACUAAACAUUACAAAACCCAGAGGUAUAGAAUUGGUAUAGGAUUUGAAGGCCCAGGAGACAGUUUUCUAUGACAGGUUAAUUUGAAGUAUCCUGUAAUGUUCAUUAAGUUACUGUUUCCAGAAUCUAAAUUAGAUGAGAAAUAUAAUUGUGGUUUUCUAACUUGAUAAUCAAAUUAUGUUAACAUGGGUCCUUUAGCUUUUAAAAUGACUUGCUUUGUUUUAGAAAGGUGGUAUUAAUCCAGUCUGUAUUCUUGAAAAUUUGGAUGGGAAGAAUUCUGAAGUUGCCUGCUGUUUUCCUUUAGCGCUGAGGUUCUUAAGGUUGCUUUUAUAUUACUCUGGAAUCAAGUAUUUUAAAUUUUUUUUUUUUUUAAUGAUCUCUCACCAAUAAUUGUUUGAAACUAUCCAUUUUUAAGGUCAUCAGACCUACAGUUCCCUAAGAGGAACUGCAUUUUCUCUUCAAUCAGAAAUAAUACAAUAGAAGCAGGUAUAUGUUCCAUGCAGUUUCAGUAGUAAGCACUACUUAUACCUACAUAAGAGUUAAAAUCCAGAUGUGGGACCUUUUGAUACCAUCAGUGAUACAUAUAUUUUCUAAACUGGUACAGAGAAGUGAAAAAGAUCAAAUUCUACUUCUUCAGAAUCACAAAAACUAGUUUAAAUUGAUGACUUCUUCAUAUGUUCAAAAUGUAACGACAAAAAAAAGCCAAAACCUGUCGUUUGUAUUAACUGUUUUUUUUUUUUUUUUUUUUUUUAUCAAAAAUUGUUAAUGUUAGAAACAUAGUAUGAAGUGCCUUUAUCUGCUUAGACCUAAGGAAGAUUUUAAAGUUGGGUUACACAGGAAAUGAUUAUGCUUCAAUUUCUUAGUAGUUAAAAAGUGCUAAAUACUACUUGAAAUUAUUGUUUACAGGUUAGUGACAAGAGCUGGGGUUAGGAUCCAGUUGGACUCUAACAUCCAGAUGCCCUCAAACAUACAGAACUUCCAAACUCAAGUCCAGCCAUAAGCUAUUUUACCAACAUGUCAGAGUAAUCUGUAUUUUUGUAUGUGAUUUCUACUUUUAUAGACUUGUUUUAAAAUAAACACAUUUUUAUAAAAAUGAGUACUUAA